AUGCCUCAGUUCUUUUGUAUUUUCUCCGAUACGCUCGUUCGCGAGCAACCCUCAGACGAGGAGUACUUCGAAAGUGUCACUUUUCAAUUUCCAAUCAGCCUUCAAGCGUUGAAGAUUUGUGCUUUUGGUGCUCCUGUUCCUGGAAAUUCUGAGAUUCGCUCGGCAACAGAGCCUCCAAACUUCAAGUUUGAAAUUUUCGCUGUUGAUACAAAAAAUGAAGAAGCAGCGCUUCUCGUGCCGGUCGGCAACGGAUCUUACCAUUCCGCCAGCGAUUCUACCGAUUUCCACUUGAAGCCCAUCAUGACUAACCAAAUCCUAAUCCGGGGGAAUUACACCUCUAUAUCUUUGGCAAUCUACGGAAACUCAUCGAAGUUCAAGCCGAAAGAAGAAGUAAAAGAAGAAAAGAUGUCUUCCCAUAGAUCACGAGAUGACCGGGAUAGAGGUAGCUCAGAUAACGACGACGAUAGAUACGACGAGUGGGCUUAUGUGAAGCAUGUGCGAGACUCCCACCAAGAUAAGAUUUAUCCCAUCACGCUGGAUUCAGACUUGCCUCUUUCUGAUUCCGAUGAGGAACAAGAGCCUAGAAUGGCCCUCCCACUAGCGGCCCCGACUCUGCCACAAGCAAUCGCUGCACAGGGCAAUCCUGGAGAAGUGAAAUCGGAAGAGCUUGAUCCUGAAGUCAAAGCUGAAAUGGAGAGAGCACCACCGACACUUCUUCCGAUUCAUCUACUGUCAGAAAAGAACGAGGAUGUUUCCGCCGAAGAAAUUCAAAAGUCAAACGAGCCCUCUCUCGCUCGAUUGAUCGCAAUCAUCAAGGAGCUAAAGCCUGAUUCAGAGACGGUCCGGAAAGUCUCACUUCUUGAAGAAUCAUGCGAAUCCGUGCCGACUUGGCUUUCCGCUGUAGAUGACACUUCGGCUAUCAAGUUUGUCAAUGAAGUAUCGAGCACGCUCCGAAGCCAUUUUACAAACAUGGAACUGCCACCGGCAGCUACCGUUCGACUAUUGAAAGCUGGACUUCGACUGGUUACGCUUAUUGCCGCCGUCAGUGAGCGCUUUGCGAAAAGACUCCUCUCUAUCGGAGUUCUGCAACGAUUAAUUUACCUCUUGACUUUGAAGGACUUCGCAUCGCCGAUGCAGCUCAUGACACUCAGUGCAAUUGAUCAGUUAAUUUCAUGGCCUUUUGGAAUGCACGCCUUCCUGAAGUUUUCUUUAUGUCAAGAGUUGAGAGGUUCCGGUUAUGAGCACAUCGUUCGUCUCAUUCUUCGAAAGCCAACAGUCCGAGUAUCGUACGCUUGUGGUCAGAUUCUAACGAAAGUCGACGUCUAUCGUUCUGCCUUUGAGCUCAAGAACUUGAUGAAGGAACUCAUGAAGACAUCGCCCUUCGCCGACAUGAACAUCGAUGAGGAUACAUCAGUGCCUAAACGAAGAGAUGACGCCGAGAAUGUGGAUUCAGAUACCGAAGACCAAGGUGAAAAAAUGGAAGAGUCAGCUGCUGAUCCAGAACUUUUCAACUGCGAUAUGGAACAUAUCAUUCCAUACGACUCAAUUCUUGCGACGAAGGAAACAUGUACGAGAAUCGUCGAGCUUAUUGAGGAUAUUGUCAAGAUCAUCAAAGAUCCAUCUGUUGUCACUCUUCUUGCAAUAAAAGAGCUUCCCAAUGGCAGUACCAAGACUCUUUCAAAUAAGGGCAGAGUUUUCAUCUCUCGGCUUCUUGAUAGUGUUGGAAUCGUGAAGAUCUGUCUCGGGCUACUCCAUUUUCCAUAUUUAUCGCAACACAUUCAUGUUUACGCCGCCCUGGCAAGUCUUUUGAGAGAGCUCACAACGUCAAAAGAAGGCGUUCUCCUUUUCGCAGCUGAUUUUAAAUCGUCUAAUCUUCUUGUCCAAGCUCUACUCGCAUCUGGCACAAGUCCGGAUUCAGAUGCCCAUCGGUGCUCGUUUAUUGAGCCGGUGUAUUUAGCGAUGACACUUGCGACGAGUUUACAAACAGUCGGAUUCUUGGACGAAUUAGUUAAUCCUGCCCCUGAAAAAUGGUCUCAAAAAUACUGGAGUCCUCUACAAGGAGUAAUGGCUAUAUUUUCUGGCUCAGACUACCUUUCCGAGCAAGCGGCAAACAUCUGCGCGGAUCACUGCAAACUUAUACUGAAUGUGAUGAAGACGAAUGGCCCAGCAAGUAUUCAAGCUGCUGAACUUUUACACAGCGCGCUUGAGAACUCCUCUAAUGUCUCGUGGCUUGAACCGUACCUGACAGAAUUAAACCUAAUUAUGGAAAGCGACAAUCAGAUAUUGGACGUGUUCAACAAAGUCUUCACUGGUCAAGUGCAAUUCACGACCAAAAACGCUCUUGUAAACAUACGUCGACUAGCGGAAGCGUUGGAAUUCGGGGUCUCAAUUGAAAUCAUUCACGGGCCGUCAAUGUCGUUUUACGUUCGAAUGUUGGAAUCAUUACUUGACAGCGAUCAAUCUAUCAUGAUCGGAAUCAGCAACAACAUCAUCGAUGUUUUGACGGCUACUCUCGAAUCUAUCUCCAAAUGUAUCACUUUCAAUUGCAUCGCGAAUCAACCAUUGCCUCUAAAGAGUCAUAUUCAAGCGAAACAAAUUAUCAUGUCAGCCCUUCGAUCUACGAAAAAAGUGUUGAUGACAAUUACAAACGCGGGCUUCAGCUAUCCGGAAAAGAAGCUCUGCUCGAAUGUGGUCGAAAUAUUCGCGAAAUGCUGGACACUUAUCAACUAUGGAAGUGAUUUAAUAGAAGACCAGUGUGAGUUGACUUGCGAUGUGCUCGAAGAGUUCUUAAAAAAUCCGGAAAAAGCUACAGAUCUGAACUCCUCCUCUUGGUACGUUCUUCUCAGCUCCGUGUCAGAAGUACUUAUGCAGAAUCCUGCCUAUUCUAUACCGGCGAUGACUCUCUUCCAGCGAAUUCUCCCAUGCUCCCCUGAAGAUCCAUAUUUGAAGAUUUGGCGCGUGAUAAUGGAACAAGAUUUUGUCCUUACGGAGAACAUUCUUGAGUUCUUGUAUGCGUUUGCGCACUCUGGCCAUGUCGAAAUUUCAGAACUCGCGACGAAUGUUCUUCUUAGAGUUAGUUUGAUAAAAAGUGAAAUUAUUAGUGAUCUCUCAUCAAAAAUAAGGCAGAAAUUCGCCCCAAUUAGUACUCAUGAAAAUGGAGAAUCGAAACCAACAACGGAAAAGGCAAAGGAUGAUAAAUUCAGCGAGCUUUGGAAUUGGCGCAGAUCAGCCAAGCUACUCGAAAAUAUUGUCCAGCCGAAGACGUAUUCCGCUGAGGAGACAAAUGCGCUCAUCGACUCAAGCCUCAUGGCAAUAACGAAAGCUGCCAUCGAUUGCCACAGUGAGCAUGAUAACUCGCCAACCUCCUCAAUCGUUGGACUUUUCUUCACCCUUGCUGAAACUGGCCAUUUGACAAAUACUGAGUAUAUUUCCAUACUAACGACUGGCUGCGACCUGAUAGCGCAAAAGCGACCAAUGUCAAUGGGAAUGAUGUCGUGCUUGAUGGAGUUGAUUAUCCUCGCAGGACGCCGAGGAAAUCUUGAAGUCAAGAAACUGCUCCGGGAAAAAGUCCAACGCUCUCAAUUGAAGCAGUUCUUGAGCUCGUAUUUUGGACACAUCGCCCGAGUGGGAAAACAAGUGCUCGACGCAGACAUUUUCAUUCUAUAUAAUUUUAUUCGGAUGAUUGUCUCGUCUCUUGAGAAAACCGACCUGACGCCAAUUUUCCAGGGCCCGGACUCGCCAUUCAAAGGAUUCAUGAAAAGCUGGGCGAAAAUUUCGACAGAAAUCGAUGAAUCCGAGCGCGCCAAGAUUGAAGAGGUCGAUCAGUUUUUCACGACGCUGACGAAUCCAUUCUUCUUUGAAAUCGAUUCUCCGCCUAUCAAAGACGAUUCGGACGAGUUUGAGAGCUAUUCCAAUACUGUCGACUUUACUGGCGAUCUUAUUUACAAGCCAAUUUUGUCCGAAGAUGUAUCCGCUGAAGAAUUUCUUCUUUCAAAUAUCGACUUGCUGGAAAUUUCCCGGGAACUGACAAAUAUCAAACUAGAAGAAGAAAUCGAGAAACUACUGAUUGAGCCCGAGAUUACAUGUAUCACCGAGGAGGACCAGAAACAAGAGACAUUUUCAACACGAAUUGGCCGUAGCAUGACUCUCCAGCGUCGAAAUGAACAAGAAAAACGACGAGCAAGAGCUGCUGCACGACCAGGACAGAGCAUGAGAAGACCAGGAAGACCAUCUGCGAUGCAUAUUGACGAUUUCAAUAAAGAAGAAAGCGACAGUGAUAAUGAUCGCGGUCGUCAUUAUUCUGGCGGCGGCGGUGGCGGAGAAGGAUACCGUGGAGACGCCUACCGCAGUGACCGAGGUGAUAGAGAUAGGGACCGUUCUCUCUCUCCAAGAUAUCGCGACCCUCGUGACCGUGGCGAUCACCAAGGAGGGUACCGUGGAGGCGACCGUGAUCGCGACAGAACGAGAAGCCCACCUGGACGCCGUGGUCCACCCGAUUACGACAGGCCAGAUGGCGACAGCCGUGGACCGCCUAGAAGAGGUGGAUACAGAGGGGGCUAUCGAGGCCCGCCUCGUGAUCGGGACAGUCAUCACGCCUAUUCCGGAGUCUACAGAGGAUCACCAGGUGGACGAGGUCGAGGGCGCAGCUUCCGUGGCUCGAGUGACAGAGGCCGUGGCAGAUUUUAG